GUAUGAGAAAGACCCCGUGUGAGUCUCUAGUGGGGGCAAAAUCAGUACAGUUUGAUGGAUUUGUAUUAUGGACGCAGUGCUGAUUAUAUUAACACACUCUCACAGUGAUUUAUUGAAGUCGGCAAACGAUUUAAAACACCAGAAAUGGAUUAUGGACGCAAGAGAAAGCUAACGUUUAUUACAAUAGGGUUGGUUUUCCUGCUGAGCGGAGUGGAAUAUGCGGUGAUUUUACCUACAAUCUGGCGUUUCCUGCAGACGCUGGAUGCUGCCCCGUAUUUUCUGGGUCUCAGUCUAUCAGCGUUUAGCCUCAGUGGUUUGCUCUCUGGUCCAUUAUUUGGUAUCUGGUCUGACAAAACACAUGGCACCAAGAAGAUCAUUCUGUUUGCUAACUGCUUUGAAAUUAUCGGUAAUUUUAUGUAUUUUACAGGUUUUUCUAAAUGGCUGCUGCUGAGCAGUCGUUUUGUUGCAGGAAUCGGGUCAGGAGCUGGUUCAUCUAUUUUCGGUUUCUUGACGAGAAUCACGGCUCCUGAAGAUCGCUCCACAGUGUUCGCUGCUGUCAUGGCCUGUAGACAAGCUGGCCUUUUGAUCGGUCCUGCAUUUAACAUUUUCCUCAGACUGUGUGACUUCCAGCUUGGACCAUUUGUGGUGAAUAAAUAUACCGCUCCUGGGAUCUUCAUGUGUCUGUUGUGGGUGCUGCUGCAGCUCGUUGUGUUGCUGAUGUACUGGGAUCUCAAAGGAAGAAAUGAGGGUCCCGAAGAAGAGAAGCAGGAAGAGGAAGAGAGGCCGUUGGUUCGACCAAGUGACCUUCAUGAGUCAUAUGGAACACUUCCCAACUCGCCUGUAACAGACCAGAUCAUUUCUGAUGACAACUUGACUCCGUCCUCUCCACCUUCCAAGAUCGAAUCCAAUCCCUUCAAACGCUUCAGUGCUGCGCGAGAAUUUCUGAGAGAGGAGGUGGUAAUGCUGCUCACGGCUCAGUUCAUUACACUGUUCAACCAAACAGCAUUGGAGACGAUGGUGACUCCGCUGACACAGCAGUACUUUAAUUUCGGUGAGUUGGAGAACAGUGUGAUGUACUGUGUGUGUGGAGUGGAGGUGAUCGCCGGCUUUGUCUUCGUCCGAUGCAUCAGCAGGAAGCUGGAAGAGAGGGUUGUGUUGUCCAUCGGCCUCUUUCUUGCCAACAUUUCUUGCGUCUGGUGUCUCAUCUUCCUUACUGACCCUCAGGGCGGGUUCUCAUGGCAGUUAACUGAGUUCAUCAUCGGCGUGUUCCUGCAGGUUCUAGGUCUGCCCUUUAUUGCCGUUGCUCAGGUGACUCUCUUCUCCAAAGUGACUGCUGAGAAAACUCAGGGUUUCAGUCAGGGAAUUCGGCGCUCUGUUGGAGGUUUGGCUACUAUUCUGGGUCCAUUAUGGGCAGGAAGUUUGACCUCUAACCUUUACGUGAUGCUGGGAUUGAUGAUGGGCUUACUGACCCUGCUUACUAUCAUGAUGGCCCUUUCAUACAAUAGACUCGUUGAUCGCACUACAGUGGAACAGACCGAGGAAUAAUACACAACCCACACAGGUAUGCAACUGUACAUCUAUUUCACAAUUACAUGUCAACAAAUUGAAUAUAAUCACAAAUAAUUAAAUGAAAAUGAUCAUAAAGUUAUAUACAAAUAAUUCAGAAUAAAUAUUAUUAUUAUUAUUAGGUUUCAGUUGUGGAUGCACUGCUGCUGCUGACUUUGUGUUAACUUAAUAGCACUAAAAGAUCAGGUGGCACUACAAACCCGUGCUCUUGACUCUGUGCCGUUAAUUUGGAUGUUACAUGUCAGCCAAUGCAUUAUGUGACCUGGUUGAACUUUGUGUGGUGAGGGUGGUGCAGUUUUUGGGGCAGUAAGAUGAUAGGAUUGGGAGAUAAAGCCAUACAGGGAAUAAACAGUAACCUGUAACAGUAACAUCAUGUGAUGCAUCGAGCCGCUGGUGAUUUUAUUUCUGUCUCUAUAAAAUAUCUUUUUAGGUAAUUUAUAUUCCUGGGAUUUUUGGAAGGCUAGAUUAGCUGAACCACAAACAAAACCUGUCGAAAACGUAAAAUAUUUAUAAAAUAAUUUGUAUUGUUAAUAAUUUGUGAAUAUUCUUCUUCUUCUUAUUAUUAUUAUUAUUAUUAUUAACUGUUACUGUAAUCAUUAUUCUUUAUAUUUAUUUAUUUAAGAAUAAGAGUUGGGACAGUGUUAUUUGCAUGAGGUUUUGAUAGUUUUUUUAAUUUUUUAAUUUUUUUAGU